ACUUCGAAGGAAAAGAAUUACAAUCCAAGCACCUAUCGAUGGAUUCCCCAUCCGCAGACUUCCACCUCCUCGCAGCGGCAUCCGCCCCUUCUCCGCGCAUAAAACCUCCUCCACAGACAUUUUCUAUACACACGAUAUUCUCUUACUCCCCUAGUGACGACGGAACGGACGAGAACCUCCUUAUCCUUUUGCACGGGCUCGGUGACACGAACGUCCCCUUCGCCCGCCUUGGGAGAUCACUCAAGCUCCCACAAACGGCCACCCUCGCACUCCGCGCACCUGAUGUUAUUCCCUUCCUGUAUGAACAGGCUUUUCAGUGGUAUCCUUCCUUCGAUCAGCUCGGAGACCUCGUCGAACGACCAGACCCCAGUCCUGCACUCAAUCUUUUCAAGGAUGUCCUCAGCCAUUUAACAGGUGAUUGUGGGUGGCCUCCACAUCGUAUCCACUUGUUCGGAUUCGCGCAAGGUGGAAGUGUCGCAGCUGAAGCAUGUGUGCAGUGGUGGCGUCGCGAGCUGGAACUGUCGCGUGUGACCGACAAGGAGACCCCCGCGCGGCCCUUAGGCUCACUUGUGACCGUUUCUGGCCCGCUGCUCUCAUAUCCAACGUUGUCGAAACCAUGCGAGACACCUGUUCUUGUAUUUCGCCGCCCGCGUGAGUUCAAGAAUGGGGCGUUGGAUGCCUUUAGGAAGGGUUUCUCUAAUGUCAAAGACGUGGAACGUGCCGGUGAGGGUAUGCCACGCGCAAGCUUAAGGGAGGAAUGGCAGCCGAUUAUGGAGUUCUGGAGUGAGAUGCUCGGACAGCGUCCUGCAGAUGAUCUGUACGAAGUCACCACGGAAAUGGCGAAUUAGAGCGAGAAAAUUUCGUAGUGACCGCUUGUAAAUACUAUAUAUUAAAGGCUCGCAGAAGGCAUAGUACAUGUUGUAGGUAUAGCUAUGUAAUGGAGAUACUGUUAUCCUUCAAA